AUGGCGAGUCCGACUAUCACUUCGGACCGUGGUCAUGUCAGCGACACCGUGACAGCUCCGCAAGGAGCUACUGCUGCUUUCAAUGCAAGCUCUCCUCAGGCUGCCUCGCACAAAAUGGACAUCAAAUCCAGGGGAACUGCGGAUGCAAAACAUCAUGCUGCCGAUACGGAUCAUCCACCAGACGACAGAUCCGCAGAACUCCCUGAGCCUGGGUCCGUCAGGGGCAAGAUUGGAAUGUUUGCCGCACAGAGUAUGCAGAAGGCAUCGGAGGGAGAGCGUGAUGAAACAGCGACUUUCAGGUCACGGACUCCCCAGCAAACUGCUGCCCAAGCCGCUAUGCAGAAACCGCCGGUGCCAGGGAACAAACCUGUAACCUUGGCAGUGACGAUUUCAAAUUCGGAACUGGAACAAGCAGGGCCUCAGAAAAGCGACGAUAGAGGAGGCCCUGAUCUUCUAACACCUAAACCUGUUCGCACCAUGACGGCGGGCGGCGAUACAUUUGAAAAACUUCUACAAGACAACAGAGAACUACCCGUCAGAAACCUACCAAUUCCCCCUCCAAGGCCUGCAACGCAGCCAGCUACUUCACCCACGCUCUCAGAUAUCGCUCCAGUGUCUGCUACAAAAACCCGUCCUACUCCACCUCUGCCUCGGAAAGGAGGUGCAAAAUCCAUCCCAAAAAGUCCUAGUCCCAGUGAACUGAAGAACCAUGGAGGACAACAGAGCUACGAAUCGCUUUUAAAUCCCGCCAUGGAUCACACAGGUGCUGAUGAGGCCAGACCUAAGCCCCCCCCGCGACCAGGCGCUUCGCCUAGGACACACAUUUCCUACAGUGAUCCUCGCCUUCUGCUGGAAGCGCAUGAACAUCGCAAGAGUUCUAUGCCUAGCUCUCCAUUGUUAGCCAGUUCACCACAAAAUAACGGUAGUAGCCCAGAUUUCAUCGACCACUCCUCUGGUCUAGACGAGAAAGCACUGUCGGAUGCGAUAGUUGCGUCUUCACUGGCCUCAAGAAAAGCAUCAUCGGCAAAAAAAGUUCCUCCACCCCCUCCACCACAACGGCAACCCGGAGCCCGUUCGCUCCGCCAUCCGCACACAGCCAACAGUGGCUCCCCACGCAGCUCCAGUCCCACGCCAAGCUUGCGACCCACUCUCCGGACGCCGACUAAGGCUAGUGAAGAGGAAUUCGACCAUCACAAGCACAGAAAGCACAUUAUACACAAACACCCACACAAACAUCACGAGGGUGAUCGAAAACGAUGGCAAAGCGAAGUAACCGAGAAGGAGAGGAAGAGGUACGAGGGCGUUUGGGCGGCAAACAAGGGACUGCUGAUUCCUAUCAGCAAUUCCAAGCAACGAUCUUCAAAUCAGGAAACUUCCAGCGACGGUUAUCCUCCAAGUGCGUCCGAAAUGGUCCUGAACAUUGUUGUUCGCGACAUAUGGUCCCGAAGCCGUUUGCCGUCAAGCAUUCUGGAGCAUAUCUGGAAUCUCGUUGAUCGGCAGAAGAUUGGACUAUUGACACGAGAAGAGUUCGUCGUCGGCAUGUGGCUGAUAGACCAACAGCUCAAAGGCCACAAGCUUCCAGUGAAGGUGCCAGACAGUGUCUGGGACAGUGUGAGAGGCGUACCCGGCAUCAGAAUACCGAAGGUCCCUUUCCGAUAA